AUGCGCGCUUCGGUUAUUAUUCUUGGUUUCCUUGCUACUCUCACUGUCGCUCUCCCUGAGGCAUUGCCUAAGGUUCAAACUGCGUGUCAAUCUGAAACCAUGGCUUGUACUGCUGAUAACUGUGGUAUUGAGGGGUGUUGCUGUGAGGGACUUACUUGUGCUUCCAAUGGUACUUGCACUCGGCUGUAA